UCCAUCUCCCACGUCAUUAAUUUCCAAGUAUCCGACGUGUAAAUCUCCUAUUGGUUGUCACACGUAGCACCGGCGCACAGCGUGAAGUCCCACACUGCUUCUUCUCCGUCUUCUUCUUCGCCGCUGCAUCGCGAGGUUUCUUCUCCGAUUAGGAGCUUCGAACAACCUACCGAACGAGAGGAUCAAACCGGUCUCUUCUGCCUUUAUUGAUUCGCCAUUGAUAAAGAGAGAGCACGGGAAUGUAUAGAUCUCAGUCGCUGCCGUUGACAGGCUUAUUCAUCUUAUUUCUUUCCUCUUUCAACCUCUCCCAUGCACUGUACGGGUCGUCUUCUCCGGUCGUUCAGCUCAACCCCUCCAACUUCAAGAACAAGGUUUUGAAUUCGAAUGGAGUAGUUCUGGUCGAGUUCUUUGCACCAUGGUGCGGUCACUGUCAAGCUCUAACUCCGACAUGGGAGAAGGCAGCGACUGUUUUGAAGGGGGUUGCUACUGUAGCAGCCUUAGAUGCCGAUGCACACCAGUCCCUUGCGCAGGAAUAUGGAAUCAGGGGAUUUCCAACCAUAAAGGUGUUUGUACCUGGAAAGGCUCCUAUAGAUUACCAAGGAGCUAGGGAAGUCAAGCCUAUAGCAGAAUUUGCACUCCAGCAGGUGAAGGCACUACUAAAGGAUCGAUUAAACGGUAAAGCAACUGGAGGAUCAAGUGAUAAAUCUGAACCUAGUGCAUCUGUUGAGUUGAAUUCUCGCAAUUUCGAUGAGUUGGUGCUCAAAAGUAAAGAACUCUGGAUUGUGGAAUUUUUUGCACCUUGGUGUGGUCACUGUAAGAGGCUCGCACCUGAGUGGAAGAAAGCUGCAAAUAAUUUGAAGGGCAAGGUGAAGCUAGGACAUGUUGACUGUGAUUCUGAGAAGUCUUUGAUGAGCAAAUACAAUGUACAAGGAUUCCCGACCAUUUUGGUCUUUGGUGCUGAUAAGGAAAGCCCCGUUCCUUUUGAGGGUGCUAGAACUGCCUCAGCUAUAGAGUCAUUUGCUUUGGAUCAACUGGAAACAAAUGUUGGCCCCGCUGAAGUGAUUGAGCUGACUGGUCCAGAUGUCAUGGAUGAGAAGUGUGGCUCGGCGGCCAUCUGCUUUGUCUCUUUCUUGCCUGAUAUCUUGGACUCCAAGGCAGAAGGGAGAAACAAGUAUCUUGAAACGUUGUUGUCUGUUGCAGAGAAGUUCAAGAGAAGUCCCUACAGCUUUGUUUGGGCUGCUGCUGGUAAGCAGCAAGAUCUUGAGAAUCGUGUUGGUGUUGGUGGGUAUGGAUACCCGGCUAUGGUAGCAUUGAACACGAAGAAAGCUGUAUAUGCCCCAUUGAAGAGCGCGUUUGGGGUCAAUCAAGUCACUGAGUUUGUCAAGGAAGCAGGGCGAGGAGGAAAAGGAAAUUUGCCUCUCGAGGGAACCCCAGUGAUUGUUAAGAGUGAGCCUUGGGACGGUAAAGAUGGAGAGGUUAUUGAAGAGGACGAGUUCUCGCUCGAGGAACUCAUGGGAGAAGAUGCUUCGAACAAGGAUGAGUUAUGACCGGGUUGAGUUGGAAAGUUUGAUAGGGUGCAAGAUGACGGGGAUGGAAAAAGGGAUAGAGUUCGAAGCGCCUGUUCGAUUUGGACACAGAUGAGGCUGAGAUUGAUUGUUGCAGAGUAAAGCUAAUCGUGUUUCGAUACAUUGUCGUUGUGAACUAUUUAUUAGCUGAUGACCUUCGAGAAUGCAUUUGGAAUUAUCCCUUUGACGAACUUACUUCCGAAAUAGUUUAUUUCUAUCAAGUUAUUCGAAUCGAAUGGGGCUA